AUUGCCGCUUCCUACGUCAGGUGAGGGACAGCACUGUCUUUCCUAAGGCAAUGCCAGCUGGCUAGGUACUUUUUCCUACUAGCAAGUGGCUUUUUCAUCUCUUCCCUCGGCGAGCCGUGAGACACCCCCAAGUCUGUGCGCCAAGGCCAACGGCAGUGACAGCACACCUUCUUAAAGGGACCUUUCAUCCCCUCUUCUUACCCUCCCAAUCGCAUCUUUCAAAGAACGAAUUGUGCUUUGACAGAAGAUACAAUCCAUCGGACGACUCCCCGCCCACAUUUGUCUCGGUCGACGAAGAAGAAAAGACGAGAGGCCUUUAAAAGAAGACACAGCAAAGUAGUCAACUACAAACUCCCACCAGCUAGCUAUACUAUACUUCGUUGCUCGCCCCCUCAUCAUCUGUCAAGCUUAUCAGACCCGUAAUCGAACCUUGAUACCUCAACCGUCUGUUCACACUUUCAUCGCACAUACUUCGCAACGCCUAAGCAAAGAUGUCGUCGUCCGGAGCUCCCCCCGCCGCCUCCGCAUCCGAAGACUGCCCCUUCGGCCCCGUAUCCCGGCACAUCACAACCCACGACGCCAACGGCCGCGCCGUCUUCUCCGACGCGUUCCCCGUACAAGUCACGCCGGACCCGCUGAAGAACAUGUACUUCCACACCUGCUACACAACCUCCGAGUCACCCGUCACAAUGGACGACGAGAAGGACCUGGCAGCCUACGCGCCCAACCACCCGCGCAUGCCGUCCCUGCACCUCCCCUCGGGUUCCGUCCUGCGGGUGGUCGAUUUCGGUCCGCAGACGGGGCCGAUGAUGCACCGCACCGAGUCGUGCGACUACGGCAUCGUGCUCAAGGGCGAGGUGGAGUGCUACCUGGACGACGGGGCGAAGCGGACGCUGAAGGAAGGGGAGAUUAUGAUUCAGCGGGGCACGAUGCACGGGUGGAAGAAUGCGACGGAUCAGUGGGCGCGGGUGAUUUUCUGUCUGCAGCCUGCGGAGCCGGUGAGGGUUGCGGGCAAGGUGAUGGAGGACGAUAUCCCGUUUAUGAAGGUUUCGCCCGAGAGGCAGGCGGAUUAUGAAAAGUUUAUGGCGGAGCAGGCUGCGAAGAAGAAGACUGAGGAGAAGAUUUGAGGUUGAAGGGUUUCUGAGUGUUGCUGGGUGGUAUACCUUACGAAGGAGGCAAUGACUGUUGCAUGGAAGCCGGAGCAGACUCCGAGGGAUUAUGAGUUACGCUUCACGUCUCAUCAAAGGUCGAGGGAUAUCUGGUCGUGCCCAGUGUACCUAAGUACCAGUAUUAUGUUACAACUCAUUCAUAUGCCAUAUGCCUCAUCCCUCGUCGCCUUGAUACACGGGG